AUGGCCGGCAAUGGCUACCUAGGAACGGAAGUGCAAAUCUCCGAGUUGGAAGAAGUUUUGCAAAAAAGCUUCGGCCCGGAGUUCCAUCUCAAGGAGUCCGACCUGACGGAGACGGCAAACUUUGAUGGCAACACUUCACUGAUGGCUACAUUCAGCUCGGAGGGCAGGAAGUAUCUGCUAAAGCUGCCGACCUGGAGCAAGGUGCACAACCGCGAGGUCGAUUUCUUCCAGGCCAUCCUCCCCAAGAUCCCGAAGCGGAUCGUCACCCCGCAAUUCGUCUGCGCGAAGAAAUUUGAGGCCGGCUUAGAUUCGGGAUGGAGCUGGAGGAACGGGAAGAACCUGUUCACCCAUGAAUUCGCCGGGAUUGAGGCGACCAAGAAGAUCCUCGACGAUUUGGCAGCGCUGCAUGCCGUUGAUGCUCAUUUCACCAAAGAGGAGCACGACCACUUUUCUGAUGCCUUCAGCGGUGAUGAGCACUUGGACAUACAGCUGAACAAGGAU